AUGCCACCCAACAUCGAGCUCCACACAGCCGCAACUCCAAACGGCCGAAAAAUCAGCAUCUUCCUCGAAGAACUUCACCUCCCUUACAUCACCACCGCCAUCGACCUCUCCAAAGACGAGCAGAAAACCCCAGACUUCCUCACCACCAAUCCCAACGGGCGCAUCCCCGCCCUCAUCGACCACUCGCGCGGGUCCUUCCGCGUGUUUGAAUCCGGCGCGAUAUUGCUGUACCUAGCAGAGCACUACGAUCGCGAGGGCCGAUUUUCCUUCAAUGAGGCGGACGAGAGGAGCGAGAUGCUGCAAUGGCUGUUCUUCCAGAACGCCGGCGUCGGCCCGAUGCAGGGUCAGGCGAACCAUUUCUACCGGUAUGCACCCGAGAAGAUUCAAUACGGCAUCGACAGGUACCAGAACGAGACGCGGCGGCUUUAUUCCGUGCUCGAGGCGCGCCUUUCGUCCCGCGAUUACCUCGUCGGUAGAGGCGAAGGUCAGUAUUCCAUAGCAGACAUUAGUACGUUCACGUGGGUGCGGUGGGCGCCGUGGGCGGGCAUCGAGCUGGAGGCGUUUCCGAAUCUGAAGGCGUGGGCGGAGAGAAUUGAGGGACGGGAGGGAGUCAGGAAGGGGUUGGCUGUGCCGGGAGGCGAGGAUCAGAUUGGGAGGUUGAGGCGGGAUCCCAGCGCUGAAGAUCCGUUCAAGGGGUGGGUCAUGAAGGGGCAGGAGGAAGUCAGGGAGAAGCAUGGGAAAUGA